CACACGGAAGGGUACCGACCCUGAGAAAAAGAAAUUAGCCACACUGGGACUUCCAGGACAAAGGCUCUUAAGGUCCUCCUGCCUUGAUGGAUUAUACACUGGAGCCCAAUAUGACAACAAUAACUGACUUCUACUAUCCUGAUAUCUUCUCAAGCCCCUGUGAUGGGGAACUUAUUCAGAGAGAAAACAGCUGGUGUCUUGCUAUCUUUUACUGCCUCCUGUUUGUAUUUGGUCUUCUGGGAAACAGCCUGGUCAUCCUGGUCCUUGUCACCUGCAAGAAGUUGAAGAGCAUCACGGAUGUGUACCUCUUGAACCUGGCCCUGUCUGAUCUGCUUUUCGUCUUCUCCUUCCCCUUUCAGACCCACUAUCAUCUGGACCAGUGGGUGUUUGGGACUGUGAUGUGCAAGGUGAUCUCUGGCUUUUAUUACAUUGGCUUUUUCAGCAGCAUGUUCUUCAUCACUCUCAUGAGUGUGGACAGGUACCUGGCUGUUGUCCAUGCAGUGUAUGCCAUGAAGGUAAGGACAGCCAGAAUGGGCACAGCCCUGAGCCUGGCAGCAUGGCUGACUGCCGUCAUAGCCACCAGCCCAUUGCUAGUGUUUUACCAAGUGGCCUCUGAAGAUGGCAUUCUGCAGUGUUAUUCAUUUUACAAUCACCAGACACUGAAGUGGAAGAUCUUCACCCACUUUGAAAUGAAUAUCUUAGGCCUCUUGAUCCCAUUCACCAUUCUUAUUUUCUGCUACAUCAGCAUCCUGCUCCAGCUGAAGAGAUGCCAAAACCACAACAAGACCAAGGCCAUCAGGCUGGUGCUCAUUGUUGUCGUUGUGUCCCUACUAUUCUGGGUCCCAUUCAACGUGGUUCUCUUCCUCACUUCCUUGCACAACAUGCACAUCUUGGAUGGAUGUGUCAUGAGCCAGCGGUUGAUUUAUGCCACCCAUGUCACAGAAACCAUUUCCUUCACUCACUGCUGUGUGAACCCUCUUAUCUAUGCUUUCAUGGGUGAGAAAUUCAAGAAACACCUCUCAGAAAUAUUUCAGAAAAGUUGCAGCCAUAUUUUACUCUGCACAGGGAGACGAGUCUCCAAGGAGGGCUGGGAAAGGUCAUCGUAUUUGCAUCAGCAUUCGUCACGUUCCUCCAGCACAGACUACAUCUUAUGAGGAGGUGCCUCUGGUGGGCUCUGGCUUCACACCACUCUUUAUGGUGGAUUCUGAAGCUUCAUAAAGAGAAACUCUUAGAACAUGGGUUACAGACUCAACACAACACAACACUGCAGCUUUAAAUUGUUCAUUGUUAAAAGAAUGAGUUAAAUUUAUGAGUAUUGUGUGAAUGUAUCUCUAAAACAACAAGCUAGGAGAAGAAAAGAAAGACACAAAAUGGCAUUUAAUGAAUUCCUACUAUUGCAAAUUAAUCUUCUCUAGAAAUAUUCUAUUUUGGAUACCUUUUAUGUGAUGGGAGUUAGGGGGAGGGUAGUGGCGGUGGUAGGCACUAUAAGCAAUGCAAACAAAACCAGACAACAUUUUCAAAAAGGGUGGGACAAAAAAAACAUGACUUCUAAUAACAAUAGUUAAUAGGUAGUGGGAGUUUAGUUCUAAAGGCUUUGUAUGUAUCAAUUCAUUUAAUCUUCAUAAUAACCCUAUAAGUUAGGGCCUAUUACAGUUGAAGAAGUUAAGCUGCUUGCCCAAAGUUACAUUGCAUGUAGCAGAACUUAAUCACUGUGCGGAGCUACCUCUCUGUUUAGGGCAAAUUGGGAAAUCUCUAAGCCUAGGCUUACAUCACUUACUAUUAUUAUUAUUAUUAUUUAAUUUUUCUUAAAACACUGUUAAGGGAAACUUAAGGGGAAAAUACCCAUCCUCCUGCCAUUCUAAUAAAAUACUGGUUUCCCUUUAUUUCUGAGCUAAUUUCAUGCAGCAACAGGUAUGGUAAUUAAAAAGCACGGUCUAUCAAAGGCAACAUGACUGGGUAGUUUCUAUCCUGCUAUAACUAACAUGACCUUGGGUAAGUCACUUUACCUCUCCCCUUUCCCAGACUGGGGGGAGGAAUAAAAAUGAUCUGAGACAGUUUCCAACUUCUAAGUUCCAUGAUUUCAUAAACAUUAUUGCACUUAGAGAUAAAUAACCCAAAGGCACAUGAAGUAACAUAGUCUUAAUCCCUAACUCAACCAAUUCAGAAAACUGUAACAGGUUCUGGGAGGACAGGCCAAGGAAGGAAUUCGAGAAUUACACAGUCUCCCUUCUGGGAGGGUCUAUCAUUCUGGAAAUUUCUCCUACCGUAGACACAGCUCUUUGGUUGGAAGUGAGCUCUUCAACCAAGGCAGCCAAUCUAUCGCUCAGGGGCAUCAGACUAUUCAGCAUGGGCAGUGACCAAAUGGGAUUUUCUCUUUUGGGAAACUUGAGCUUAUAUUAGAUAGAGUCUGCAAGUAGUGGCAGAAACAUACAGAAGUUUCUACACCCCUAACACCCCAGAAGAUUUUCUUCUGCCCCUUCCAGUAAUUCUCCCCUAAGGGGAAGUAAAUACUAUUUUGACAUUGAUCACCAUAGAUUUGAUUUUCCAGUUUUUGAAAUAUGUAUAUAAAUGAAAUCAUACAGCAUGUGUAGUCUUUUGUGUCUGGCUUCUUUUAGUCCUCAUGUCUUUCAGUCAUCAUGUCUGUGAGAUCCAUCCAUGCCAUUGCUUGUAGAAGUAGUUUGUUCAUUUUUAUUGCUGCAUAGUAUUCCAUUGUAUGAAUAUACCAAAAAUUUUGGGUCCAUUGUACUAUUUAGUAUUAUAAAUAGAACUUCUUGGUAGGCAAAAACAUUCAUUUCUUUUGGAGAUAUAUCUUGGGAUGGAAUUUCUGAAUCAUAGCAUUUAAGUGUGCUGAGAUUUAUCAGGUGUUACCAAACUGUUUUCCAAAAUGGAUGUACCAAUUUACCCUCCCAUCAACAAUGUCGAGAAUUCUGACUGUUCCACAACCUUGUCAACACUUUUAUCGUCAGUCUUUUUAAUCUUAAUCAUUCUGGUAGGUAUGUACUCACAUCUCAUUGUGAUUUUAAUUAGGAAUUACUUGAUGAAUAAUGAUGUUGAGUGCCUUUUCAAAUGUUUAUUGGCCAUGUAGAUACCUCUUUUGGAAAGUGCCUGUUUAAAUGUUUUGCUUAUUUUUAUUAGGUUAUCUUUUUAUUAUUAAUUUUUAGGAAUUUAAAAAUAUAUCCUUGAUAU